CGAGACUGCAUCCGCGAGAAUUAAAAGCCCAUGAGCCGUCCAGCGCCAAUCCGCAGGGCCGUAGAGAGCAAAGGGGUAAACAGCGACAAAACGGCGUCGGUUGGAUACGGCAUCAGACAUCAGUCAUCAGUCAUCAGUCAUCAGUCAUCAGCCGAAGGCCUCUAAUCUAUACCGGUGUUCAUUUCCACGCCCACCCUGGGCGGCCUGCGUGUGAGCGUCUAGGGUUUCUGCGAUUCCAGUGGCACCAGAGCGGCGCAGGGCUCUGCAGUAGCCAUGGUUCUCAAGACUGAACUUUGCCGCUUUAGUGGUGCCAAGAUAUACCCUGGGAAGGGUAUCAGAUUUGUUCGCUCAGAUUCGCAGGUUUUCCUGUUUGCCAAUUCAAAAUGCAAGAGGUACUUCCACAACCGCCUCAAGCCAUCAAAGCUGACUUGGACAGCAAUGUACAGGAAGCAACAUAAGAAGGACAUUGCUGCAGAAGCAGUGAAGAGGAGGCGCAGGACCACUAAGAAGCCUUACUCAAGGUCUAUAGUUGGUGCCGCAUUGGAAGUUAUACAGAAGAGAAGAACUGAGAAGCCAGAGGUCCGGGAUGCUGCACGUGAGGCUGCUCUCCGUGAAAUUAAGGAGAGGAUCAAGAAAACCAAGGAUGAAAAGAAGGCGAAGAAAGCAGAGGUUAUGGCAAAGACGCAGAAGUCUCAACCCAAGGGUCACAUGUCCAAAGGUGCUGCACCCAAGGGCCCAAAGCUUGGAGGUGGUGGUGGGAAGCGAUGAUUUUUCUUCAGCUUUUCCCUUUCAUAUGCAGGUAGUAAAAUUAGGGUCACAUGUCCAAAGGUGCUGCACCCAAGGGCCCAAAGCUUGGAGGUGGUGGUGGAAAGCGAUGAUUUUUCUUCAGCUUUUCCCUUUCAUAUGCAGGUAGUAAAAUUAUGAGCAAUUGGAAGAAAAAAAAAUUAUACUACUGAUUGCGUUGUAUGGGUUUGAUUUGGCUUACAACUUCUUUACUUCUCCCUCCACCUCCAGAAGACUUUUUCCCUCCACCCCCAAGAGACUUUUCAGCGGGUGUUGAGUACACCUUUAGUGAGAAAUCAAAAUUUAAUUGAACUAUUAA